AUGUACAAAUUAAAAUGUCUUACUGAAACUCUUGAAACUAAACAUUUAUGUAUAAUUGAUGCUAUAGCUUUAAUUGAUAGUACUAUGAAAAUGAUGACUGAGAUAAAAUCUGAUGAUCAAGCUAUAAAUAAUUUAAUUGACAGCGCUUUAUCUUUUGCAACCUUACUUGGAACAAACCCUGAAAGUUAUUUUAAAACACAUCAUCGUAGAAGACUAUGUCCAAAACGAAUUGACUCAAGACCAUCAACUGAGGUUGAAUUUACUAUACAUUUAUUUUACCGAAGAGAAUUUAAAUUAGUUCUUGAUACACUGAUCACAUUAUCAAAUAGCAACUUAAAACAAUGUAUUUCUUCUGUUCAGCCAUUGUUCCAAUUAUUUUCACUACCUUUAGAUAAAUCAAAUAUUACUCUUGAAAAUAUUACAAAUUCUCUCUCUUUAUUUCCAGUAGAUAGUACAGGCUCUAAUCUAAAAGAUCUAGAUUUAGUCCAAACUCAACUAGAGAUUUUAUUUAACAUGUUACAAGAUGAUUCAAAAAAUUUUGAAUCCUUAAUGGAAAAGUCUGAAGAAGUCAAACAUAUUUUACCGUGUGCUAAUUUAUUAUGUCGUUUGGCGUUAACUUCUCCAGUGACUGUUGCCUCAAAUGAGAGGACAUUCAGUAAAUUAAAAUUAGUGAAAACAUUUCUUAGAUUGACAAUGAAUGAUGACCGGUUAAAUUCCUUAGUAAUAUUAGGAAUAGAGAAAGAUAUUGUAGACCAAUUGAAUAUUAACAAAUUAGCACAACAAUGGUCAAAUUUAAAAGAACGUAGAAUACAAAUUUAA